CCUUUUUGCACAUUCAAUCGAUCCCCUCAUCCAGACAACCAGACCUAGGUAACAUCUUUAUCCGUCAAUCACUUUCUUCAUCUUUGAUCUCUUGGUUGAAUCUUCGUUCGCUGGUCUCAUAAAAGGAUUCAAUCUUCGUGAGUUUCUACCUUGCUAUUCUAUCCGACUUACUACGGCGAAGGCUGUAUUGAGGAAUCUUCUGAGUUUCAACUUUCAUUUGGAAAUAAUCCCAAUUCAUUUGAGAAUUUCAAAAAGGCAAUGAGUCAAGAAUUCGAAAUGACCGAUAUGGGCUUAAUGUCUUAUUAUUUGGGAAUUGAGGUGAAACAAAGUGAAAGUGGAAUUUUUAUCGGUCAAGAAGGAUAUGCAAAGAAAAUCCUUGAAAACAUUAAAAUGGAUGAUUGUAAUCCAAUCAAUACCCCGGUGGAUUGUGGUGUAAAAUUAUCUAAGUUUGGUGAUGAAGAAAAAGUGGAGCCCACAAUAUUCAAGAGCUUAGUUGGGAGCUUACGAUACUUGACUUGUACGAGGCCCGACAUUUUGUACGGAGUUGGUUUCAUUAGCCGGUAUAUGGAAGAUCCAAGAACCUCUCAUUGGAAGGCCGCCAAGAGAAUUUUUCGCUACAUCAAAGGUACUCUUAACUUUGGCUUGUUUUACAAUUCUUGUAAAGAUUUCAAGCUUGUUGGGUAUAGUGAUAGUGAUUGGGCCGGAGACGUUGAUGAUCACAAGAGUACCACCGGAUUUGUCUUUCUUUUGGAUAAUACGGCUUUUACUUGGAGUUCAAAGAAGCAACCCAUUGUGACCCUCUCCACAUGUGAAGCUGAAUAUGUUGCCGGCUAUUCAUGUGUUUGUCAUGCUAUAUGGCUUCGAAAUCUAUUCAAGGAAAUAGGCAUGCCACAAAAGGAAGCUACGGAGAUAUAUGUGGAUAAUAAGUCGGCAAUAGCAUUGGGAAAGAAUCCGGUAUUCCAUGACCGUAGCAAGCACAUUGAUACACGCUAUCACUACAUUCGAGAAUGCAUUGAAAGAAAAGAGGUUGAAGUAAAGUAUGCAAGGUCCCAUGAUCAAAUCGCCGACAUUUUCACGAAGCCGCUCAAACACGAAGAUUUUCGAAGGUUGAGGACCAUGAUCGGAGUUACAAAAACAAGUUUAAGGGGGGAUGUUGAAAAUUAAACUUGUUUUUGGGCCUAAUUAAUAUUUAGUUUUAGUUGUUGUUGGGAAGGCCCAAGUGAUAGAAAAAUGUAGAAGAAAUAAAUUCUAGAGCUUCUCUAGAAGAUAUGGUCUCUAGAACUCUCCUAUCAUUAAUUGUAUAGAAUUAUCUAGAAUGCAUUAAUUAUAAAAAGAGUCUAGAUGCUUUUGUACUAGUAUAAAUAGAGCUCCC